AUGAUGGCACACAUGCUGGCUUACGAGGGAGGCCGUUCUACUGCAGCCGUCUGGUCAAGGGAGGGAACCCUCGCUUUCGCCGACGAGAACUAUGCGAGGGAGGUGAUGCAGCUCUUCACAACGGGUCUCUUCCAAUUGUCAACCAAUGGCACGAUGAUACAUGAUGACAAUGGAGAGCCCGUGAGGGUUUACUCCAACGAUGACAUUGAAGAGUAUGCGAGGGCGUGGACUGGGUUCCACGCACAAAAGCUUCGCGGGAACAUCGAACCCCAAACAAACAAUAGAAUUGACCCAAUGAGAAUAAACAAUCUCUUGCGAGACCGAUUGCCGAAAAUGGGAGUAUCAAGAAAAUACAUCGGUGAUGGAUAUCCACUCUGUUCCGACCUUCCGACCAGGCAUUUCCUUGUCAGAGGUGCAACGUAUCGGUUGCUGGGAAGUUCGUCCAAGGCAGAACUUCACAACGACCCACCAAUGUUGCAUCCCAGUGCUGUUCAGUUCAUCUUGGAACCUGAAAGCCAUCUCUAUGAAAAACUUUGCAAUGCAGGCGCUGGUAGCAUGUGCAACUAUCUGUCUGUGGUUGUUUUAAACGAGACCGUGGCAUGCUUGGGCAGAGAAUGCUCUGUUGAUGCGAUUCGCUCUGUGUCGGUAGGAGGUGUCUUUUACGAGUAUGUUCGGCCACCAUGUGUGCAUCAUGCAUUUUACAACGAUGGGAAAGCAAUAGUCCCCCGUUGGCAACGGAACCGCAUCCAGUGUAGUGAUCCCAGGCUUGAAGCGGCACUGGCAUGUUGUCUCAACGAAGGUACAAAUUCUUCUUCAAGCCACUAUUCAGAGGAAUUCAAUGCAGAACGGACCCGAUUCUCGACAGCGCAAACGAGGUGUCAACUUGGGCUAUGCCGGAGAGGCGAACAGGCACCUCGCCAACCGUGUGACCACACCGAUAAGACCAAAUGCUGGGAUAGAAGCCACUUUUGGACUGACCAGCCAUGCUCUUUACAAGCGAAGAUCAUUCGCGAUAGUGGCAAGGUCGGGAUAGUCCACGUGCCCCCAGCUGAAGUUGGAUCCAACAAUACAGCAUUUAUCGUCCGCGAAGAUACCAAGACCUUCUUCCGAGUGGAUUGGGAAGGUGACAUUCAAGCCAUCCUGUCAAACUGCACCAACAUCCCUUCUUGUCGUGAAGCAGAGGACAAUUCAUGUUUGUGCGAUGUCUCUGUGGUCCAAGGGAAUGUGUUUAGCGGUGCUUCUAUUCCAAACCACCAAGAAAUACUUGCGAAUCUGGAUGUAGGUAGUUUCAUACCAGAUGACUGGUCGGGUACAAGUCACGAUGAUGUUACUGCAUACAACCUGGGAUCUGAUGGAUCUCUGAUGGCCGACUCGGCGUUUGAGGUCGUGGACGACUCUGGAAGAAAGCAUGUGCGGAAAAACAUGAAAUCAUCUGUUGUGAUUGUUGGAACGGAUGUUUCCUUCAGGAACCCCGUCCAUUUCUCGAGCCUUGCUGACCCGGAUCCAAGGGAUGCCCAUUACGAAACAGAUGCAACACUUGACCACUACUUCUAUCAUCCAAACACAGCGCCGUUCCUGUCGACUAGGUUUGCACAACGGUUUUCCAUUUCCAAUCCAUCGCCUCGCUACGUCGAGAAGAUUGCGACGGCAUUUCGCAGCGGGCACUUCAACUUCACCGAGGGAGGCCGGACGACAACUUUCGGUUCUGGUGGCUACGGGGACCUACGUGCAACUUUCGCCGCCAUUCUCCUUGACCGAGAGGCUCGCAAUGUGUUACUGGACAAUGAUCCAACCCAUGGCGCUCUUAAGGAACCACUUAUCAAGCUGAUAGGUUUGAUGAGGUCCUUGGAAUUCCAGUUGAACGACCCCUACACAUGGGUACAAUUCGACCGACGCCUCAGAGAGAAAAUCGGUCAAAUGGCACAUGACAUAACAAGCGUCUUCUCGUUUUUCCUGCCUGACUAUCAGCCACCAGGCCCUGUCGCGCUGGGCUCGCUUCGGUCUCCAGAGGCACGAGUGCUCACUGGCCCAAGCGUGAUCUCGGCUCUCAAUGGUUUGUUUUCUUUGAUCAAGUAUGGCCUCAGUGAUUGUGUUGGUGGUCAUGGGCUAGAGGGCGUGAUCGACUGCGACAAAGUUGCGAUAGGAAUGACAAACAUCAGCACCGGGGGGCUCAACUAUCUCCCCGAAUCUCAAUCGGAAAGCUCCGAUUCUUCGGAGGAGGUUAUCGAUGAGUUGGCUAUGCUGAUGACAUCUGGCAGACUAUCACAUGAAACCAGGGAGCUUAUCCGUCGUGCAUACGAUGAAAACCAGGAAGACAAUGCUCUCCUCAAAGCGCAGCUACUCACCGUUGCUGCGCCUGAAUUUCAUGUUACCAACACAAUCAAACGGAAGGACACGACGAGGGAAAGACCUUCCACCGGCACAGCCCAACCAAAACCUUACAAGGCACUUGUGUACAUAGUACUUGAUGGAGGCAUGGACGCUUAUAACCUACUUGCUCCUCACUCAUGCACACCUGUCAACUCCCAAGGAUUCAACUUGCUGGAGCAAUACAACUUGGAACGAAGAGACCUUGCGUUAUCAGACGGAGAACGCACGAGGAUCAUUGACGCCGAGAAUCAGCCAUGUGACCAAUUCGCCAUUCACCCUGAGAUGCCUUUCGUCGAAAGGCUCUACAACGAAGGAGAGCUGUCCUUUUUUGCCAACGUAGGUCAGCUCGACGCCGAAGCAACCACAGGCAACUACCACGAGGUGACGAGAUCUGAAUUGUUUGCUCAUGACAAGAUGAAAUUGGAGCUCAACAGGAUUGACCCAUGGGAUCAGCAGCUGAAUACUGGGAUCCUCGGAAGGAUAUGCGAUUCACUACUGGCAAAGAACGACACUUGCCAAGCCAUCACGAUCCAAGAUGCUACGGUUGCUACCGUCGGCGGCAUUCCAGGAACAUCGAGAACUCCCCUGAUAGUUUCUGUUGACGGCCUCGAUGCGUUCGCGCCCGUACACGAAGGUGAAACGUUCGACGUCAAGGACUACGUUGCCCAACUCAACAAGGCAACUUCGCUUCACAGCAGCGUGUUUGGUGAAACAUGGUCUCGAACGCUUGAGCAAGCAAUAGCCGAGGCGGAGCAGCUUCCAACCGCACUCAGCAACGUGACUCUGACGCAGUCCUAUCCGAACGAUCCCAUCGAAUACACCGGGAAAAGCCAGAUGCUGUCAAAGCUUAUUCUGACACAGAAGGCCAGGGGGUCCGACCGGGAUGUCAUCUUUCUGAACCUUGGUAGUUGGGAUCACCACCGGUCCAUGAAAGUGGGGUUGGCUAAAGAACUUCGUGGCUUGGAUCAGGCACUGUCCCUUUUCGAAGCGGAAAUGAAGGCCCAAGGAUUGUGGUCCGAUGUAACUGUCGCCGUCACGAGCGAGUUUGGGAGAACCUUGACGUCCAACUCUAACGCGGGGUCCGAUCACGGGUGGGGUGGCCAUGCCUUCGUUUUUGGAGGCAGCGUCAGGGGUGGGAAGAUCCACGGGGAAUACCCCUCCGAUAUCCAGCUUGGCGGGCACGUCAACAUCGGCAGGGGGAGGCUGAUACCUACAUCCAGCUGGGAGUCCAUGCUAACCAGUGCAGUUCAGUGGAUGGGGGUGCAAGACGAGGCAGACCUCGACUAUUGCAUGCCCAACCGACACGGGUCAGGUGCGACUCCGUUUCUGUUCGACGAUGUCUACAUUGCGCACUAG